GAAAUAACCAAUUUGUAUCAGUCUGUGCACCAAAGUUUGGACAAAGACAUCGGGCGGUAAAUGUCUGUCUGAACACGUAUUAUUGUGUCUUCCAUCAUCACAGCUGCCCAACUGCUACAGCCACCAUCACACAUCCCGCUGAUGCGGCCAUCCAUGUCAACUAUCAUCAUGCCAAUAUCGGCAUCCUUGCCAGCUUGGCAUCACGGUUCUAGUCACAUCUGGAGGGAGGGCAUGGCAGCCAACAAGAAGACUCGGAACGAUGCGGUAAGGGUAGCGGUAGCCCCUGUCGAGAAGUUUUGCGGAUUUGAAACCCUUGUCGCCUACCCUUCUAGCGUCCCCUGGUCAACAGACCCUUAUACCAAGAGACAGUUGGUUUAUGAGAUUGAGGAACACAGUACUGGAUUUGGGGAGGCUACACUGGUACACGCUGGUGACGUAGGAGCCGAGAUUCUACUUCGGAAUGUUCACAGGACACUUAUAACGUUCAAGUCAGAAGCCGACCUUCGGUUACGGCGCUAG